AUGAAUGCACCAAUUCCUUCCCAGAUUGUACCAGCCGUUUCAGAAAUUAAUCCAGACGGAUCAUUUUCUGAAAGUAUCCUACCAUCUAUCACUACACAGAAUCAUGAAUAUUCUUCUAACGUUCCAUACUAUAAACCUACACAAUUUGUAUCCGGUCCUUUGUAUCCUUCACCUCACCAUUCCAAUUACUUAAAUCAUCAUCAAUUUCCCAUACAUUCUCAAACACGUCUAACUACUUCAUUGCCUCAACCACAAAGUCCGACCAUGCAUUUUAACACAAUAUCUCCAUCAGCCUCGUCUUCCACAACUAUGGACAAUCAGGCAUAUAGCGAAGAAGACAGUAUUGAAAUUUUUAGGGAUGGACCUAAAGCUUGUUAA